AUGCUGUCUAUGGUGAUACUCGGUGUUUUCCUGUCCCUGCUCAUCCUGCUGACAGUGUGUGGUAACGUCCUGGUUUGUCUGGCCGUCUGCGCCACACGACGUCUCCGCUGCCUCACCAACUGUUUCAUCGUCUCCCUCGCCAUCACUGACCUGCUGCUUGGCAUGCUUGUCCUGCCUUUCUCCGCCCUCCUCCAGCUCAGCGAUUGGCCUCUGGGGCCGACCAUCUGCAACAUCUACAUCUCAUUGGAUGUUAUGUUGUGCACCGCCUCCAUCCUCACGCUAUUGGCCAUUAGCCUGGACCGCUACCUGGCCGUGACCGCGCCCCUUAGAUACUCCUCACUAGUGUUGCCGAGGCGAGUUGCCUUUGCUAUGGCGUUGGUGUGGGCGGUGUCGCUAGCAGUGUCAUUCCUGCCAAUCCACCUGGGAUGGAACACGGUGGACGGCAACGUGCAGAAUCGCGGCCAGGGGGACAACAUGACAGAGUGUAACUUUGAGCUGAACCCAUCGUACGCUGUCGUGGACUCCUCCUUAACCUUCUACCUCCCCCUGUUGAUCAUGUGCUGGACCUACCACCGUAUUCUUCGCAUUGCUCGGGCGCAGGCCAGGCGCAUCAUCCACGCGCGCCCCAGACUUAACAACAACAACGGCUCCUCGUCAGCCCCUCGUCAACUCACCUCGGUAACAGCGGUGGCUCUACGGGAACACAAAGCCACAGUGACUCUAGCAGCAGUGAUCGGGGUGUUCGUGGUGUGCUGGCUGCCCUACUUCACCCUGUUUACCAUUAUGGGUCUGAAGAAGCAGAACUACCCAGCAGCCUACCCAGUGGUGCAGUGGCUGGGGUACAUCAACUCAGCUCUGAACCCUUUGCUCUACGCUGCCCUCAACAGAGACUUUAGGUCCGCCUACGCCCGCCUGCUGCGCUGUGGUUACUACGGCUACGGCAGGGGGAGGGGCCGGCCACCAUGCCCCAACACAUUCAUGACAGGUAAAAAGGAACAAGGGAAAAGACAACGUACACUGGGAAGGAACAUACACAAUAGCUCAGAACUCCAAAAGCCUUUUUUUUCUGGUGCCUAA